CAGCAGUGCAGUGUCCUGCUCAGGAAGGAGUAACACCAGACUUCUGUUCCUCCAGAGGGCUGGAUGCUUUGCAAUGGCUGGCAGGGCUUUGCAGCUCCGUACGAUAGCUUACGAUGCCAAAAGGUGCAAGCUGAGGCAUGCAGGCAGAAAACUGGACAUGUGUGCAGCUGAAGCUACUGCAUCGUUGCUCCAUGCGGAAGAAAGCUUCUCGGCGUGCCUGGCACGGAUAGAUGCCCUCAUCUUCAAGCCUCUGCUCCAGGCAGAGCCUAGUGACCAGAAAGGAAAGGAGAACUUUAAGCUCUUCCUGCUCCUGAAUGAUCGGUUUCAAGCUCUCUGGAACCUCACAGAGGAGAAUUACCGGAUAGUGAAGCAAAAAUGCAGCACUUCGGAGCCAUUCUGCAUCCAGGAUAUUUACAUUGUCUGGAAAGGAGACCUGUUUCUAAGCCUCUACAUCCAAUAUUUCGUCACUUUUGCCAACUAUGUUGUAGUCCAUGGCUUCGAACACGCCACAAAGAGCAAAAGCGAAGCCUGGAAGCACCACAAGACAGUGCUGAAACAAUUCCUCACGGACUUCACCUCUGAGACCUCCAUGUCACUGGCCUUAUACACUGUCCUUCACAAACCAAUCCGGGACCACAUCGAGCAAUAUAUACUGCUCCUCACCAAGCUGAACGAGGUUCUCAAAGAGGGCUCUGAAAAGGACGUGGUUACCAGCACUGUCAAGGAAUAUGUGAAGCUGGAGUCCUUCAUCAGCCAAGUCCUGGAUGAAGCUUGUUUUACCAAGACCUUAUGGAAAUCCUUGGGCUACAAAUUCACAGAUAUGCUGUGUGUUCCUGAAAGGAGGCUGCUGGAGGAUAGCAGAAAUCUUCCCAUCUCUGCCAGCACAAAUCGAUCAGACAGGAUCUUGCUCUUUGAUGAUGUCCUUGUCUUAAUUCAGGGAAACAGCUUUCAGAGCUUUGAUCUGAAGCUUGUGUGGGUAGAUGAAAACUGCAGGGAGAAAUCAACUCCAGGACUGUAUGGACUCCGCAUUAUAACCCCAGAAGAAACAUUCUUUCUCUCUGCCAAAGACCCACAGAUGAAGGCUGUUUGGCAGUGGAAGUUGAACCAAGCCAUCCGCCAGGCUUUGAACGGGAAGCGAGAUUUCCCCUUGUGGGGUAAGACUGGAGAAGGCACCGAGCCCCCGUCCUGCCGCUUCUUCACCUACGUCUUCAGGCUGGAGAGCAAGUUCAAAAGCGCAUCCUACGAGGGCGAGUGGCACUGGGGAAAGCCUCAUGGCAAGGGGACAGUGAAGUGGCGUGAUGGACGCAACCACGUUGGAGAUUUCAAAGAAGGCUUGGAGCAUGGGUUUGGAAUAUGCCUUGUCCCUCGCAGAUCUGAAGACCGGUAUGACUGCUACAAAUGCCACUGGUAUGAGGGCAAGAUGAGAGGCUAUGGAAUCUGUGAAUAUGGGAACGAUAUGGUCUACAAAGGCUACUUCAAAGACAACGUGCGUCAAGGGUUUGGGAUACUGGAGAACCACUCAGCUGAGCAUCCAUUUAAAUACACGGGACAGUGGGAAAAUGACAAGAAGAAUGGAUACGGAGUCUGGGAAGACAAAGACAGAGGGGAGAGAUACAUAGGGACAUGGCUCGAUGAUCACAAACACGGACAAGGCAUUGUAGUCACCCAGUCGGGUGUCUGCUAUCAAAGGACAUUUCAUGCUGACAAAAUGGUGGGUUCUGGGAUUCUGCUCUUGGAAGAUGACUCGGUCUACGAAGGAAACUUCACAGAAGACCUAACCUUUGUUGGAAAGGUGAGCUUUGCCAAUGGUUUCAUCCUGGAGGGAACCUUUACUAACAAAUCAGGGCAAGGCCUGCAGACACAAGGCAUCCUGAAUACAUCGAACGAACAGCCGGAUGAGAGGAUAACCAAAACUCAGCUGGGCCUCAAGGAAUUCCCAGUAGAGAAGAGGUGGAAGGGAAUCUACGACCAGUUCCUGGAGUUCAUCCAUUCCGGCUGCAAAGAAGAAACAGAAGAGUCUUUUACAGGGUUCCACAUACAAACAAGCAAAGAACUAAGGAAGUCUCAGGAGUACCUCUUCUGCCACAGGGGGACUGAGGAUGUCUCCUGGAAAAUAGAAGAUAUUCUUGAAGAGCUUGUCCACCUCAAGGAACUGGAGUCACUACAGCGUUAUUUAGAGAAGGCGUUGAAGUCUUCUCUGCAUCCACUGGGAAAGCUGCUGAAGGCCUUGACAAUAGCUUUUCAGGCAACAUAUUCUGGGAUUGGGGCCAACAGACACUUGCUGACUAUGGCACAAGAGGAAGUCAAGUACUAUGCGAAAAAAAUAUGGGAGUUUUACCAGGGUUUGCUCCAUCUGGCACUGGAACAGAAAGGCCAAAUGCCUGCUAAGUGUGUGGAUGGAGAGACAAGUGACCAGAAGGCUUGCAGUGUGGUCCUGCCAUUGAUCUUGCCCUGCUUCUACCCUGAGCUUUUCAUGCUCUACAUGCUCUACCAUGAAAGAGAAGAUGACCUCUACUGUCAAGGGAUUGUAGACCUAAGUCUGUUUCCUGAUAUCAAGCUGCUAGAGUUUCUGGAUGUACAGAAACACCUUUGGCCUCUGAAAGAUCUCACCUUGACCACCAACCAGAGGCGGUCCCUCAUCAAGGACAAGUGUUUCCUGUCUGCCACGGAGUGCUUGCAGAAGCUGAUCACCACAGUGGAUCCCCGUGAAAAGCUUCUGAUCCUCCAGAAGACGUACGAGGAGAUCGAGAGCACUGUGUCCCGGGUGGUGGAGACAGACUACAAGCUCCCCAUGGACGACCUCUUGCCCCUGCUGAUGUACGUUGUGUCGCGAGCUAAAAUCCAGCACCUGGGAGCUGAGAUCCAUCUGAUCAGAGACUUGAUGGACCCCACUAAUCAAGGAGGACUGUAUGACUUCCUGCUAACAGCACUGGAGUCUUGCUACGAGCACAUACAGAGGAUGAGACUCCACCAGAGAGAGAACUGCCACCUGAGCCACAGCUCCUGAGCCCCAGGACCAGAAGGGAGCCUCCUCCCUGCCACGUUUUGUUGACCAAGCACUGUUGGAUGAAGAAGGCACCGAGUCGCUGCUGCUCCAGCUGCCUGCAGGAAGGGAAGGAUGGUUAUUUUUCAGAGGCUUUCUUGUUGGCUUUUCUCUUAGAGUAGCUAAGACAGCAAAGCACAGACACGCAGAUGGCUGUGGGCUGGAAGCCUUCGAUACACAACCUCAGCUUUGCGUUGGGGAAUCUCUGUGGAAAGCGGUCAAGGUUUCUUUUUUGCCCUAUAGGUUUAUUUCGCUUUCCUAAAAAUGGCAAUCUGCCUCUUUCCCUCAAAACCCUUUUUUUUAACUGUUCUCUCAGUUGCUGUGUUUGUUUUGCACUGGUGAACUGCCAUAAGGGAGAAGAGGUCGUUUUGUAGAAAGUGGUCAAAUGAAGCCUGGAGAGACAUUUUGGUGGGACUAUUUCUGGGUGGCAGAAAUGUGGCACAGGCAAGAGAGACGUCUCUGCACUCCUAAACAACUUGUACCUGGAGUGAGGUGGCUUUCCCUGUAUCCCUAAGAUAUUUCUGUUCCUCUUCCUCCCUAUGCCAAACUCAGUACCUCUUCAUUGCACUGUAAAGCUGCUAUUGACUAACUUCCUUAAGAUACUUGUAUAAUUUGUAUUUAUACUCUGCAGACUCCUAUCAAAUCUCAGGGAUGUGACACUUGCACCUUGAACAUGCUGGUGCCGCUUUGUAAUUCUGCAGGGGUUUGUGUGUGCCCAAUAAAAAGGUGACAGGUCUCAAAUUCUGGGGCGAAAAUACACAAAAACACACGGCCUUCUGCGCUGACAGAGUUGCAAAAACACUGAUUUUUUUCUGAGGUGCACAGCCUUGUGCUGACGGACCACCCACUGACACCAGUGAGGGGUACAAAUCAGAUUAAAAUGGGGCUGGUUUUUAUUCUGCCUUUAAAAAAGGCAAAUGGAUAUUUGGUAUGCUGUUGCUAUCAGAUGAAAAUACUAAUGUGUGUAUAUUAGAGCAAAAGCUCUUUUGAACUAGAUUUUAACCUGCUGUUUUGUUUUUUUAUAGUUUGACUUUUAAAUUGUUCAAGUCUGUGACUUCAGGAAAACAAAACUCAGCAGACUGUUUCUUCCUGUUUGUCAUAAGUAUUAUGCUUUAAUAAAUAGUACACUGGUUACAAUAGUUAAUAUAUUGGUAUGAGAGUAUCCUAAUGUAUGUUUUACAGUAACUGUAUUUAAAUAAAUAAAGCUGUUUAAUUUUUAAGA